UCAGAGCGGGAGGGGUGUUAGGGUUCACUCAGGAGCCAACCUUGGGAGGAGAAUUCAGGGGAAUUCUUGCUGCCUGCUGACCAGUUCAGGAUUCCUGCCUAGAAAUCUCCACUGGGCGAACUCCCGUCAGCUGAACAGAAUGAAGCUGUUGGUUUGUAUCUUCUUGGCCUCUCUUGCUGCUGCUGCAACUGCACAUCUACGCUCAGACCCGACGCUGGAUAACCACUGGGAGCUCUGGAAGAAAACCUAUGGCAAGCAAUACAGCCACAAGAAAGAGGAAGGGGAACGGCGCGCGACCUGGGAAAAGAACCUCAAGCUCGUUAUGCUGCAUAACCUCGAGCACUCACUGGGGCUGCAUUCCUAUGAGCUGGGCAUGAACCACCUGGCAGACAUGACCAGCGAGGAAGUGGCUGCUUUGUUAACUGGACUGAAAAUUCCCCACCGACCUGACCGGAAUUCCACCUAUAGGCCACGGCCUGGCAGCAAAGUGCCUGACUCCAUGGACUGGAGGGACAAAGGAUGUGUUACGGAUGUGAAAAAUCAGGGGGCCUGUGGGGCCUGCUGGGCUUUCAGUGCUGUCGGUGCCCUAGAAGCCCAGGUGAAACUGAAAACUGGAAACCUGGUGUCUCUCAGUGCACAGAACCUAGUCGACUGUUCCACUAUGUACGGGAACUACGGCUGCAACGGCGGAUAUAUAACCAGAGCCUUCCAGUACAUCAUCGAUAAUAACGGCAUUGAUUCGGACUCCUCCUAUCCAUACGCAGCUCAGAACGGAACGUGUCACUACAACCCUGCCACGCGAGCCGCCACCUGCUCCAAGUUCGUUGAGCUCCCGUAUGCCAAUGAAGCAGCCCUGAAGGAUGCCGUAGCCAAUAUCGGACCCGUGUCAGUCGCCAUAGAUGCGAAACAGCCUUCGUUUUUCCUGUACAGAUCAGGUGUCUACGAUGAUCCACGAUGCACUGGUGACACGAAUCAUGCGGUUCUAGCUAUCGGCUAUGGCACCCUGGAUGGGAAGGACUUUUGGCUUGUGAAAAACAGCUGGGGUGAAUAUUUCGGUGACAAAGGAUACAUUCGAAUGUCCAGGAACAAAGGAAACCACUGUGGGAUUGCCAGCUUUGCUUCUUAUCCACAAAUAUAGAGGGACGCUCUGCUUCAGAAUACACUCUGGAGAUGUGGCCUCUUAAACUACUAAUCUUAGCCUUGCUGUAAUCUAACUGCUCUGUUUGAGAACAAUGUAUGGGCUCUAAUGGCAAAAUCCUCCCAUCAGAUCCAUCUGACGGAUCUGAGACAAGCAGCUGAAAUGAUGAAUGAUCAUGAUUGGUCUGGUCCAGAAUUUGGUCACUUUUAGCUUAUUCUCCCUAUCCCACAGGGGUGUUUGUAAUUGAUUAAUGUCUAUGCAUUGCUUUGCGCAUGUGAAGUGCUAUUUCAGUGCCAAGUAUUGUCACUGCCGCUGUCUCAAAAUAUGUUGGAGUGAAGGCCGUGUCAAAUGGAUAAAGCUAGUCCAUGCGGUAGAGUUGCUGACGCUACCUCAGAGGUGGAGAGGCGAAGAAGAUGGAGCAACACAUCCUAGCCACAUGUAUCAAUUUUCCACAAUACAGGUCACAAAGCAAUCAUUAGCAACCUAGGAGAUCAAGCAAACUAUGGACAUUCCUUGCAGGGGAUAACGUGUUUUUCAAGGCUACACAAAAUUGGGUUGGUAUCUUAUGCGAAGACCUUAGCACGCCAGCAGUCAGAAGCCAUGGAGAAGGCCAGCCACGGAACAAAGUGUUGCUGCUGUUAUAAAAUGUGACCUAUAAAGUGAAGUCUGUCUUUGCCACCUGCAGCGCUUGGACCAAGGACACGGUGCAGAGAUGAAAGGCCUGAUUCUCUCUUGCACUGCACAGCCAUUUACCCCUGUGCAAAGUAGGUGUAUAAUGAAUCAGAAGAGCAGCAGUUUUCAGCCGAGGUAUCCAUGACUGCACAUGAUGCACAGUAGCAGGAAGUCAGGCCCAAAGGCUGUAAAUGUAGCUGCAGGUAUGGGAUGAGCGAUUGAAUGAGCAAGAAUGCAGGGAAAGGGUGAACCUGGAAUCCACAACCCAGCUGCAAGUGCCAGCACGGCACUGGGAAUCACAUCUGCUGCCCUGCUCUACUCCACAGGCCGCGGGGGAGCCCUGCUUCCGGAUCUGCCCUACUUUGCCCUACUUCGGAAUAUGAUUUGCCGACACCUAUAGACCGAAUCCUUGCGAGAUACAGUUUCAGAGAGAGGUCACACAUCUCUACAGUACAUGAAAUGCAUUCUCUUCUCUCCAAUUCAGCAGAGAGGUUGCUAUGAUGAUCCAAGGGAAGCCGGCAAAAAAUGUGGGAUCCAUCAGUGUGUUGCAGGGCCAGGUGGAAAAACGAUCACUGGUGGGACAGGAGUGAGAAAUCACAUCUUUGUGAAAAUGUAACCAUUUGGGGAGCUUGUCCCCAUUUAUGUCUUUAUCUUUGUGGCUGGUUUUAGCAAAAUAUAAUCUGUCAGUUGCAAAAAAAAAAAAAACACAACCCGACAAACCCACAAAGAACUCCACCAAUGGAUGAAUUUGGAACAACUGAGCAACAUCAACUCAGUGAAAUUUCAUAAAAUUUGCAACAACCACCAAAGCAUUUCUUGCCCUGGCUAAAUUUGCAGUUUUACUUGGGAGGUUCCAGGAGGCUGUCUUGUGUCACUGCUUCCCUUCAUUUGGGGGGAGCGCCAGGUGAUUGACUGAUGGAUCUAGGGGAACCCCUGUUGCUAGGCAAUGUCUGACUCUGUACUGUUUGUUACAUGAACUUUUAGGAUGAGAUUCAUCCUGUGCAGAGGGCCAGGACAAGGUCUAGAUGCCACUCUAGGGUGAUCAGGAGCCCUGUUUUCGACUGGAAAGUCCAGUUGAAAGGGGACCAGACAGUGUGUGGUCAGAUUUACUGACUCGACAUUCAGUGUCCAGUUACUACGGGCGAGGGAGGUGGGGAGGCGCUGGGUCAUCACCCGCAUCAGCCUCUACUCAGCUGGGGCCGCCUACCUUUGUUGAGUGAAAAGGUGGAAGAGGAGUGGAUGGGGCGGGCCCUUAGGGGAAUGGGCGGGGCAGGGGAGAUUCUGGCACUCCUGCUGGAGGUUCCGUUUUUUAAAUAUUACCAAGUUGGCAACCCUACUCACAUCCCACCUAAGCCCUCAAAAAAGGCGGGGGCGCCCCAGGUCUCACUAGCCCAGCAUGGGAUCCCCUCCACUGCUCCAUCUCACCAGUUCCCUCUCUCCUUUGCCUUCCAGAGUGAAGGGGUGAAGGGAGUGGUGGAAGGAGGGGCUGGAAGGCAGGAAGGAAGCAGAGGAAAUAAAUGGAGGAUGGGGUAGAUGGAAUGAGGGAUGUGUAGAGCAGGAAGCGGGAGGUCUUGGUGAGUGGGGACUGUGCUCAUAGAUCUUAAUCUUCAUUUCCGUCAACCAUUGAACGGUGGGGUGGGGAAUUGCUAUGCCCCCCCGCUGAGAGCAGGGGUCCCCUCGGAGGGAUGCCACCGCCUGGGAACAGGUGUCUCCGAGGUGGGUACAGCAGUCACCAGCACGUUGUCGUUUCAGCAGGGAUUCCUGACGUCUGCACACAGCCACAUUGUGGGCCUCGCUCCCGUUUGCACUACGGCCUCCUUUCACCGGGUAGAGCAGUGUACAGGGCCCUCAGCGCAAAUGAGGAUUAGUCUGUCACUUGGGGAGGGUCGAGCCCCGGAUGGACGCCAGUCCAGCUGACGACUGAGCUGGGCAGUGAGGGGGCAGGCCCACAGCCCGGCAUAUGGCAGCCCCUAGCCCUUCUAGUGGGUGCUGUGGCCACAGCACGGGGAGAAUUGGGAGGAGAGAGACCAGGACCGGGGGCCUGAGAGGGAUAAUCCAGCUAUGGCUGCAUCAGCGUCCUGAUCUGAUCUGAGGGCCAAAGGGAGGAGCAAGGGCUCCAGACCCGUGCAGAACAGCCAGGCGGGCGUUUGCCAUCCCACCAGCCAGAUGUUUUCGGCGCCAGGUUCCGUGACUCGGGGAAAUGAUUUGUCCUGUUGGUUUUGCAGGUGAGGAAUUUGCCUUGUUGGGUGAUGCCAAUGUAGUGAUUGUUUGGAAAUUUGAAUUGAAAUUGAAACAUUAAUACACACUUUAAAAGCAUAUAAAGUAUAAGAUACACAUAUUUUAUCUGACAAAGUAUAAUACAUUUAUUAUAAUACGUUAUUACUGGCUUUGGAAAGUAUCUACCAAGAUGGGAUGGAUCUAACUAGUGAGGCUGGUGGAUUACUUUUGCUACUAUGUUCAGAGAAGACUAUUGCCAUUGUCCCUCUUGUAAGUCUACUGUUGAAACCGCUUGGGUCAUUAAACAAUGCUAUCCAGGCAUCUGCUACAACAGUAGUAGAUCUUUGUCCAGCAAUAGAACCUACAUUUGGAUCAAUCCGAGAGCUAUCCAUUGAAAAAGUUCUGGAAGAAGCAAAGACUUCAGUCCAGAAGUUGACUAUUGAAGGCAUUUAUAUUGAACCCUUAAGUGAAGAGGACAAGAAGUGUUUGUUAAGACAACUGAAAAGUACACAGACUUGAUUCUUAAAAAUCUACAACAGCGACUUCUAGAUUCUACUCAACCUCUACGUAGCUUUUACAGAUCCCUGUCCUAUAAAACACCAACAGCUGAGUGGAGUGAGGCACUACCAGCAAUGGGGCUGCCAUGUGCUCAGGACAGAAUAGAGAAUUUGAACACAGAGUGGAAUAUAACACAAUGAAUGAAUGAAGAUUUGACUUCAACUUCUUUAUCAUCAUCACUAUGGUUCGACCCGAUCUUUGUGCUCUGUUUCCUGGGAUGAAAGAAGUAGGAAUUCAUCUCUUGCUACUCUCAGUCACAACAGCUACAGCUGAGCGUUCUUUUUCAUCAUUGAAUAGAUGUAGAUGUCGUGCUUCAUAGAAGGCUUGAGUAGCCAACUUAAAUUUGUGUGAUGAUUUUAAAACAUAAGUUAAAUCUAAUAAAAUGGUCAUGAAACAUU